AUGCUGAGGUUGUUCGCCGCGUCUGUGAUCUCCUCCCUGAAGGCGGCCGCGGAGGUGGUGGCGGCGCCCGCAAUGGCGACGAGGGCGACGGCGGCGACGGCAAUGGGGACGGAAGAGACGGCAAUGGCGACGGCGGCGACGGCAAUGGCGACGGCGGCGAUGGCAAUGGCGACGGCGGCGAUGAGUGGAGUUUGCUCUGAGAAAUUCAGCCCUCUGUCCAACCAGCAGAGACUAUCAGGUGGUUUUCAAUCUCAAUUGGCAUUUUGUCAGAAUUCAAAGCAGUCGAGUCGCCCUCGGUUGAUGUCUGUUCAUGCUGAGUACAGGGAUACCAGGGAGCUCUUCUACAGUUUUCAUCUUGAUGAUGUUCCAGCUGAAUCUGUGAUGCACAAGUGUAUUGUCCACUUCGUGCCUUUAAACAAGAAGUUACCACUUCGAUCGGAGCAUCCAGGUUUUAUUGUGCAAAAGGUUUAUGAUACUGUUGAGAGAAAGCUCUGGAAAUUAACUGACAAAGAUUAUGAAGACAGUAAACAGCAUGCGAUUGAUCUCCUGGUUCAGAAAACAGUCAAGCGUUUAGGAGAUCUUCCAGAUAUUGAGCCUGAAGAUGCUCCUGCUGAUGAUGCUGAUCAUUCAAUGAGUAAAAGGAACCUUGGUAAAAAGCGCAUGCACCCCAUUGAUGUCUCAAGAACUGAUGAUGCACCUCCGAGAUCUGACUAUCCGACAAGAUCAGAUACACCUGGAAGCUGUACACAGUAUAGAGCAAUCCUAGCAAAAUUCAAAGCAUUGACUGGUGAUUCAUAUCGUGAUAAGUGGUUGGAUAAACUUCUACAAGGAAUUAAAGCAGCAUGUUCAAAAGUAGAUGCAUCAGCUGAGGAUGAAAGAACAGGAAAUGGUGUUUCAAAUCAUAACACAACUGGUAGCAACACUGAAGAUGCUGCCGUGGGUUCCAAUUCUUCUGGAAGAAUUUGCUGGCCGGAUGAUGCUGUCCCAGCAAUAACUGCCCUUGAGAGAGCUACACAUGAAACUCUGGCUUCUGAUUUUCAGAAAUAUAACCAGAAAAUGAGGCAGUUGGAUUUCAAUCUCAAGAACAAUGUGAUGUUAGCUAGACGCUUACUGAAUAAUGAAUUGGACCCUGUAGUUAUUCUGAACAUGUCUCCCAAGGAACUGAAGGAUGGUUUGCUUGCUGAAGAAAAAACAGCAACAGAACCGGAAGAGUCCAAACAAUUGCAGAUGACUGAUGCUCGAUGCUCAAGAUGCAUGGAGAAGAAAGUAGGGAUUGCUGACAUUAUCCAAGCUGGAGGUCAAGGUGAUAGAUAUCAGGUGUGCACAUAAUUAUGGUUUCUGUUU